CAUCUUUUUUCCCUUUUCCCUCAUUCAUCGCUUUUUCCGUCAUAACGUUGGUGAAACAGUCGUCCCUGAGAAGAUGAAGGAAGAAAAGCCCCGCGAUGUCGGGGAUGUUGAGCGUUUAUCCGCCCCCAUCAACACGCGCCGCCAACGGCGAGGAGUUGGCCGCAAGUUCUGGGGCGCCGUAAUCAUCUCUCUUUUGUUGCUUCACCUUCUCGUCCGACCCGCCAGCUAUGGCAUGUCGGGUUGCCUGCCCGGCUACCCGAGGGAGAAGAGCGUUGAAAAACGCGUGAAGCGUAUCCUGUCACACACUCCCUUGAUCGAUGGACACAAUGAUUUGCCAAUCCUGCUGCGAGCCGCUUUCAAGAACCACAUCAAUGAUAAGAACUUUACCACCGGCUGGGAAGACGGCACACUCCCCGGUCAUGUCGACCUUGCGCGCCUGAGAGCUGGCAUGAACGGAGGGGCCUUCUGGAGCUUGUUCUGGCCUUGCCCUACCAACGGCUCCGACUUUUCUGACGAAAACUAUCUGCCCGCCGUCCAGGCUACCCUCCAACAGAUCGACCUAGUCGACCGCCUCAAAGCCGCCUAUCCCAAGGACCUCGGGCCGGCAGUCUCCAGCAAAGCCGCCUACAAAGCCUGGAAGCACCACAACCAGCUCAUCUCGCCCAUGGGCAUCGAGGGCCUGCACCAGAUCGGCAACUCGGCCGCCACGCUGCGGCGCUACCACGCCCUGGGCGUCCGCUACGCGACCUUGGUCCACAACUGCGGCAACAAGUACGCCGACGCGGCCCUGCAGGAGAACCCAUUCCGCAAGGCCCCGUCCCACUGGGGUGGCGUCAGCCUGGCCGGCGAAGCCCUAGUCAACGAGAUGAACCGCAUCGGCAUGAUCGUGGAUCUGGCCCACACCAGCGUCGACACGAUGAAGGAUGUUUUGGAUGGCUCGGGCAAGGACUGGAAGGGCAGCAGGGCCCCCGUAAUCUUCAGCCAUUCGAGCGCCUACGCGCUGUGCCCCCACCCGCGCAACGUGCCGGAUGACGUCCUUCGUCUGGUCAAGGAGCGCAACUCGCUAGUUAUGGUCAACUUCUCACCGGACUUUAUCUCGUGCGUGGCGGCGCCGGACAGGGACGAUGGGCUGCCGGAUUUUUACCCGGCCAAUGCGACUUUGGAGCAUGUGGCUGACCAUAUCAUUCAUAUUGGCGAGCUGAUUGGAUAUGAUCAUGUCGGUCUGGGUAGUGACUUUGAUGGGAUUCCAGUCGUCCCGAAGGGACUGGAAGAUGUCUCGCGCUACCCGGACUUGGUAGCCGAGCUGCUUCGACGGGGUGUUAGUGAUGAGGAUGCGAGCAAGGUCGUAGGCGGUAACAUACUUCGCGUAUGGAGGGAUGUUGAGCUCGUGGCGGCUACGAUGCAGGCUGCUGGUGAGUCGGCUCUGGAGGAUGAUCUGCCUAACUUGAUGCCCGAGGAGUAGACAUCUGAAUGGGCGGCACGUAGAGGAGAUUAACGUGUUUCCGCACAAGUAUUUUGGCAGCGUAGAUAGCUCCAAGAUGAGCCUGCAGAUGGUAAGCUGCUUAUAUAGAGACACAAGACCUGGCUAGCAUAUAGACUCGGGAAUUGGGUAUCAUAAAUUCUGUCGUAAUUCGAGUCAAAAAGCAAAAAGUUGCCCGUGUUUUGACUUGAUCCGAUAAAUUGCUCUACAACGCCGCGCCUGAUUCCUUUUGCGUCCCAGCGUGUCUUCGUUCUGGCUUGACGUAUUGUACACUGAUUUUGCCUGCGUGCCUGUCCUAAAAGCUCGACAACACCCAGCCGAGCCACGUCAGGCACACCUCUUUCAUAUUUGUCUAUGCAUUUGAUCCCAUGGUCCGACAACCAUCGAAGCAUAUGUCGCAUGACAGAACUGCUCCAGAAAUAUCCAGACGUCUUGGUAUUCUCCAAAGUUCCCGUCACCAUUGCCGUCAUCGACUCGCUCAACCGUGGCGCUCGAUCUUGUUGAGCUUCCUGGCGUUGGCGAUCUGGUUCCUCGUCUGCUGACCGCGCACGGGCAGACCCAUGGCAUGGCGACGACCGCGGUAGGUACCCAUAUCACGGAGGCGCUUGAUGUUGUCCAGCACCAGCCUCCUGGCGUCGUUCUCGAUUGUCAUGGUCGACAGUUCGGCCGUCAGGGCAGUGACGAUCUUGGGCGGGAGGGUGCCCAUCUUAGCGCGCGGGUGGAUCGAAUACUUUGCGAGAAUGCGGGCAGAGGCCUGCUGGCCUAGGCCGUAGAAGCUCUCGAGAGCUUUCUG